AUGAAACUUUUAAUAGCGCUCUCCGUCCUGCUUGGCGUAGCCGCAGCAUUGCCUCAGUUUGGUGGUGGCUUCGGCGGUGGCUCUGCCAACGCUAAUGCCAACGCUAAUGCUCAAGGUGGUGGUUUCGGAGGCCGCCCAGGUGGAUUUGGUGGCGGCCCAGGAGGAUUUGGAGGCGGCCCAGGUGGCGGAUUUGGUGGUGGCGGAUUUGGUGGCGGCCCAGGUGGAUUUGGUGGCGGCCCAGGAGGAUUUGGUGGUGGCCCAGGAGGAUUUGGUGGCAAACCUGGAUUUGGAGGCGGCGGAUUUGGCGGCGGCGGAUUUGGCGGCGGCGGAUUUGGCGGUCAACGUGGUCCUGGUGGCGGAUUUGGCGGUGGUGGUGGUGGCUCUGCAUCUGCCUCAUCAUCUUCCUCAGCAUCUGCUGGCGGUGGCGGCGGUCGUGGCGGUGGUGGUGGUUCAGCUUCCGCUACCUCUUCAGCAAACGCUGCUUCUGGCGGCGGCGGUUUCCGCGGUUAAAAGUUAUCUAAUGCCAUGAAGAAGAAUUUUAAUUUUUUAUGAUACGCUUGUAAAAUUUAGUUUAA